UGAGUACUUCGACUGUGGCUGCAUGAACGCAUUGUUUGGUUACAAAUUCAGAAAUGAUGUUGUUAAUUUUUAAUUGAAUUUGAUUGUUUUUCAUAGUUAAACACGUACGUCGAUAUAAAAAAGUCACUCUACUGCAAGUUCUUAAAAACGGAGUUCCGAAAUUCAGGCCUUGACAACGACUGAUGAAUAAUGAUGUCUUUAGUAUAUCUGUGCAUUAUUGGUGUAUUUUGUGCUGUUUAAUUUAACCUAAAGAAAGUUAAUAUUUUCUUAUUUAAUCAUGGAUAAUGCAGAUGGUUCUCCAUGGAACAAUUCAAGUGGUUGCGAAGAGGACCGCAAACCAGUCCAGAAGGAGGGAAAAAAGUCAAAUACUUUGCCACUGUGGGGAAAUGAGCGUACUAUGAACCUCAAUCCUUUAAUUCUAACAAAUAUUCAGUCCUCGCAUUACUUCAAAGUCAAUUUAUAUGAGCUCAAAACUUAUCAUGAAGUCAUAGAUGAAAUAUAUUACAAAGUAGCACACUUAGAACCGUGGGAGAAAGGAAGUAGAAAAACAGCUGGACAAACUGGAAUGUGUGGAGGUCGGUUUAUGCAGGUCAGGGGUGUUGGUGCCGGAGGUAUCGUUUCAACGGCAUAUUGCUUGCUAUACAAACUCUUCACACUACGAUUAACUAGGAAACAGCUAAAUGGGCUUAUCAACCAUCCUGACUCUCCAUACAUACGAGCCUUAGGUUUCAUGUAUAUCAGAUAUACGCAACCACCAGCUGAUCUAUUCAGUUGGUAUGAAGAUUAUCUCGAGGAUGAGGAGUCUAUGGAUGUGAAAGCAGGUGGAGGUCAAGUGAUGAAAAUCGGGGAUAUUCUGAAGCAGUGGCUUACAAAGCUGGAAUGGUUCUCAACACUUUUCCCCAGAAUACCAGUGCCUAUACAAAAGGAACUUGAGCAACGACUAGGUGAAAGAUUUCCACAAAACACAGCCAAUUCACGAAACUCGAAACCUGUGAUCACUUUAAAUAACCAAGGGAAGUAUGGUGGUGGUGGAAGAAGGGACGAGGGCCCACGACCGAGGCACAUUCCCGACAGCGAAUGCCAGUGGGGCGAAGCUGAGAAAUCGAGCCAGUGGCGUGCCAGGUCAAGUGAAGACCGCGGAGACAGAUCGAGGGACAGGUCGAGAGGACGAGAUAGAGGAGAUGAUCGAGGUCGAGAUAGAGAAAGACACAGGAGCAGAGACAGAUCACGCGAUCGUGAUCGAGACAAGUACGAGAAGAGCCGUCGACACAGGAGCCGCAGUCGCGAAAGGUCGCACAGAGACCGUAGUAGGGACCGAUAUCGUGAUAAGGGUGAUAAGGACAGAUAUAGAGAGAGGCGGUCAUCACCAAUAGACUAUGCUGCUGAACUCGCUCGAGAGAAAGAACGACAACGGAGAAUGUAAAAAGAAAAAGCAAAGGAUGAAUAUACUUUUUUAUUCGCUAUAUAAAUAAUUGCCGACUCUACUUUAAAGACAUUACUCAGUACAACAUAUUUAUAUGAAGUGUAAAUUGUAAUAACGAAGUAAUUGUAUAAAUAUGAGCAUUGAGUUUUCAUCAAUGAGACCACAUAUAGAUUGACCAAUCCAUUUUUGCCGUUUUCAAUUUUACUCUAUCUUCUUCUCUUCGUAACACACGGAGAGAUCCUAACGUAAAUCAGUCUACAACACAGAAUUGUCCAAAUUUUAAAAGUA